ACAUUUGAGCAUUGAUGAAGACGCCAUUGUGUGGCCUAGAAGUUUUAACCAGGUGAUGCCCCUUUCACUCUGUAACGACAACUGUCAACCUGGUUACCAGAAGAAGAAAAAGGAGGGGGAGCCAUUUUGCUGCUACGAUUGUGUUCCAUGUCCAGAAGGGAAGGUUUCUCAUGCACAAGAUGCAGAAUUUUGCACAAUGUGCCCAAAAGACCAUUAUCCAAACAAAGAAAAGGAUCAGUGCAUUCCAAAGAUAAUAACCUUCUUGUCUUAUGAGGACCCUUUGGGGACGAGUUUAGCCAUCUUUGCACUUUUAUUUUCCUUGAUCACUGCUCUAGUGCUAGGAGCCUUUAUAAUGCACCGCGACACUCCUAUUGUCAAAGCCAACAACCGGAGCCUCACCUACACCCUCCUCAUCUCCCUCCUGCUCUGUUUCCCUUGUGCUUUGCUGUUUAUUGGCCAUCCUGGGAAGGUGAUGUGUCUCCUCCGUCAAGUUGCGUUUGCCAUGGUCUUCUCAGUGGCUGUCUCUUCUGUGUUAGCAAAAACCAUUACAGUGGUUCUGGCUUUCAUGGCCACCAAGCCAGGAAGUAGCAUGAGGAAAUGGGUAGGGAAAAAGGUGGCCAAUUCCAUUGUUCUUCUCUGUUCUUUUGUUCAAGGAAUUAUUUGUACCAUAUGGCUGGCAAUUAAUCCUCCAUUUCCAGAUAGUGACAUGAACUCAGUUACUGAAGAAAUUGUACUUGAAUGUAAUGAGGGGUCUGUGACUAUGUUCUAUUGUGUCCUGGGUUACAUGGGCUUCCUGGCUAUUGUGAGCUUCACUGUAGCUUUCCAGGCUAGAAAAUUACCUGACAGUUUCAAUGAAGCCAAGCUAAUCACUUUUAGCAUGCUUGUGUUUUGCAGUGUUUGGUUAUCCUUUUUCCCCUCGUACCUGAGCACCAAAGGAAAAUUCAUGGUAGCUGUGGAGAUCUUCUCCAUCUUAGCCUCCAGUGCUGGGCUGCUGGGUUGCAUCUUCUUCCCUAAAUGUUAUAUUAUUGUCCUGAGACCAGAACUGAACAAAAGAGACCACUUAAUAAAGAGAAAUGUUCACUGA